AUGGCGCCACAUCUUCUCACCAUCCCACGCGAGAUCCGCGACGAAAUCUACAGCUACCUAUACGAAAAAGUAGAUGUACAAGUCAGCAUGUGGUGUUCCCGGGACACAUCCGAUUCCAGCGUCUCGAUCGGCGACAUAUGUUACGACGCCACUCUUGAGAAUACAUUAAUUCUCAAUAUACUUCUGACCAAUUCACAAAUGCACGAUGAGUAUCUUGAGGCAGCAUGCUUUAAGAACCCGCGGAUGGAAUUUUACAUGCACGUGUACGGAAGCGAGGCGGGUGAUGUCUUGGACACGACGCUUCUCGAGGGGGAUUAUAUGGACUACAUGAAGAAAGCCCUCGGAAAGGCACACGAAAUAACCAUGAUUUGCGAGUUUGGAUCCCGUUUCCCGGAGUUCCUUUGGCCCUCUGUUCUUGGAGUCACCACCGCCUUUCAGCCAUACAUGUCAAAUGUCUCGACCAUGCGAAUACUUGCAGGCAGGGCAGAUUACUUCAACCUUGAAGAUGAAUUAGACGAAGCCUUACAGGGAGUGAAGGAGCACGACAGGACUCUAGCUUCGGCUACGAGCUAUAUGUUCCUUCUUCCGCCACCGGCCAAACUUAUCGGGUUACCCCUCCGCCAGUGCGCACAAGGAUAUUCAUAUCGAGCCUCGAUCUAUCCCGGUCCUGGUCGGCAAAUAUUUGAUGUAGACGUACCUGGAGCCUGGGUUUUUGCGAGGGAAACAAUCAACAUACCCUGGGCUGAACUAUCGGAUAUCAAGGAUUGCUGCUCAUGGAGAUCACUCCCGGAAGAUGAAUUCAUUAUCGCUUUAGGAGUAGAUGAAAAGGCAGCCAGGAUUCUGGAGAAGGGAAUCAUCUGGGCAGAAAAACGUGGGGAUGAUGUGUAUGCGUGGGGCAUCCGAGAAUAG